AUGCAAAAGGGAGACGGGGUUGUGCUGUUUUCUUUCGGCUCGGUCGCUGCUGCACAUAAAAUGCCUGAAGAAUGGAAAACGAUCUUCCUGGAAACGUUCAAGGAACUUUCCAACUACCAGUUUCUGGUGCGAUAUGAUAGUGACGAUCUGAAAGCGAUCCUACUCACUCAAACUUCCACUUUAGGUAAUAUCUCAGAGAAUGUACAUCUGUUUCAAUGGCUUCCACAGUCUGACAUUCUUCAACAUCCUAACACUAAGGCAUUCAUCACUCAUGGUGGAUACAAUAGUGUACAAGUAGGCAGAAUCUCAUUCACAUUUUGGUCUGAGCCGUAA